UUAAAAAUGAAGAGCGCGGGGGAGCAUUAAUGGUAGCAUGUGGUAAUAAGAAAUUCACGGGGCACGUUUUAAGAGUCAUCAGAUUUCUAUGCAUGUGCUCAGCGGGCAAAUCUCUCCACUCUGCGAGGCAGCAGCGGACGCGGUACUAUUUUUAGAAACAAUGUUGCAGUGGAGGAAUCAAUCAGAUUAAAAACACUGUUUUCAUGACAAUCUGCUGCUUUUUAGUGGUGCAUUCUUGUGAGAUCCGCGUUUGCCGGGACAUGGGGACACAAUGCAUGAUAUUCAUGUGAUCUCAGCUGAUGCCUUUUCCUCGCAUGCUGUCCAGGAAAGCACACCGGUGGACUGCAAACUUUUGCUCCAUGGACUCCACUACACUUUACAGCAACAGCAAUGCUUUUGGGACCUUGUGUAGUUUUGUGUGUUUUCUUAGAAUUUCUAAAGAACACUUGGGAUGUGAAUGAGAAUUAUUAUUAGUAGUGAACGACAAGGAGAAAAUCGCAGUUUGCUCAUCCUCUUUUACUUCUAUCAAGUGUGCACGGGUUUUUUUUUUGGCUGGCUCCUAUGGGAAUUAAGCACUCGUCCCGCUGCAUGCUCCUCAGGAGAAAGAUGGCGGAGUCUGAGAGCAUUGAGCAACCACAGCCACAGCCACGGCCAAUCCGCAUCAUUCAAUCCCACUCGGCGCAGCCCACAUCGCUGCCCAAGCCGGUGCCUUCCAUCCAGCAUGCCUCACGGCCUCCUCUGCCGCCACACACGCCCCAUGCUGCCAGCCUGCCUAGCUGUCCUGGGCGGGGGAAGAUGUCCAAGUUCCUCAGCCCAGAGGAGAUGACGUCAAGAGACUACUACUUUGACUCAUAUGCCCACUUUGGUAUACAUGAGGAGAUGCUGAAGGACGAGGUGAGGACGCUCACCUACAGGAACUCCAUGUACCACAACAAGCACGUCUUCAAGGACAAAAUCGUGCUGGAUGUUGGAAGCGGGACUGGGAUCCUGUCCAUGUUUGCGGCCAAAGCUGGGGCAAAGCACGUGUAUGGGAUUGAAUGUUCCAGUAUAUCAGAGUACUCAGAGAGGAUCAUCAAGUCCAACCACCUCGACAGCGUGAUCACCAUCUUCAAAGGCAAGGUGGAGGAGGUGGAGCUUCCUGUUGAAAAGGUUGACAUCAUCAUAUCAGAGUGGAUGGGCUACUGCCUCUUCUAUGAAUCCAUGCUCAACACCGUCAUCUUUGCCAGGGACAAGUGGCUGAAACCUGGAGGAUUAAUGUUUCCUGACCGUGCCUCUCUGUACGUGGUGGCCAUAGAGGACAGGCAGUACAAAGACUUCAAAAUACAUUGGUGGGAGAACGUGUAUGGCUUCGACAUGACCUGUAUUCGUGAUGUGGCCAUGAAGGAGCCACUGGUGGAUAUAGUGGACCCCAAACAGGUGGUGACCAACUCCUGCCUCAUCAAGGAGGUGGACAUCUACACAGUGAAGACUGAGGACCUGUCAUUUACCUCAGCGUUCUGCCUGCAGAUCCAAAGGAACGAUUACAUCCAUGCACUGGUCACCUACUUCAACAUCGAGUUCACCAAGUGUCACAAGAAAACGGGUUUCUCCACCGCACCAGAUGCUCAGUACACCCACUGGAAGCAGACAGUGUUUUACCUGGAGGACUAUCUGACGGUGCGGAGAGGAGAGGAGAUCACUGGCAGCAUCGACAUGAAGCCCAAUGAGAAAAACAUUCGCGACUUGGACUUCACAUUCGAGCUGGAUUUCAAAGGGCAGCUGUGUGAAGCGGCCAUAUCCCACGACUACAAGAUGCGUUAAGUCCGACCGGGGAACGCCGGUGCCCCACUGAGUCCAACCACCAGAGCACCAGAGGGAGACAGAGACACUCCCACGACCACAGACAGUCACAUUGCGUGAUGUAAGAGGGGUAUAGAUAGAAAAGACGAGGCCAAAGACCAAGCAGAGGUGGCCCCACUGACAAUACUGUCACUGCAGUGUUUGAUGAAGGCAGGAAGUUCCCCACGCUGACUGUUAAACAAACCUGAAUGUAACACCAACUAAAAGAGGUCAGGAAUAUCUCCUAGUCCUGAUGAAUGUUAUUGAUUAUUGAUGUGUGUAUAUGUGAGAUGGAGUGAUGUACCUGUGUGUUUGCUGUGCUCAGUAUUUGUUUUCCACAAUAACCUGGACCUGACAGAGGAACAGCUGCCAUUUUUAAAUUACACUAGAGCUCAUCAGUUACUGUAAGGUCCCCAUUCUGCUAUAGGUAGACAAGAAAUUUAAGGUGUAAUAGUUAUGUCAUAUUAUGUACUUUAGGGAAUAAUUAUGAGGGAUUGAUUUAUUAGUUGUGUCAAUUUAACCCAUAAGAACCCAGAUCUAUUUAUCCUUGAAGGAAUAUUAUGGGGGAUAUACCACAGACCAAGUAGACCACGUAGAACACAUUUCUGA